AUGCCAAAAAUAGAAAAAGUGUUUAUUGAAGAAAGAAAAGUUGUCAAAGAUAAAGAUGUGAUAAAAAUACUUGCUAAUCCUAAUGAUUAUUCUCUUGAAGAUAUUCUCAAAUUAGUUAAGAAAAAGUUAAAAGGAGUAUCUGAAAAGUUAAAAGAAAAAGAAGAAGUUUCUUCCUUAGAAAAAGAUAGUGAUUCUCUAAGUGAAAAAGAAACACCUCUUUCUACUCCUCAAGGAUCAUCAAUACCAAAGAAUAUUAAUAAAGAUAAAAAUAUUUAUGAGUUUAAUAAAGAUAAGCAAAAAGCCUUUUCUCUUUCUGAUUUAGAACAAUUAAAUAAUUUUUUAUUCAAAAUGAGAUAA